AUGGGUAGAUCAUUCAAGGUUUUUCUGAACAACUACGUAUAUAGUUGUUCAGAAUGUGGGAACCACUUAUCCGACCCUAGUGAACUAGUCUCUACAUCCUUCCGCGGUAGGACAGGACCAGCUUGGUUGUUCUCGAAAGUUAUAAAUGUAUGUGAAGGGCAAUAUGAAGAUAGAAUGAUGACAACCGGUCAGCACACAAUUGUUGACAUAUACUGUAAUAACUGUAGAAAUAAUGUAGGGUGGAAAUAUGAAGAUUCAUCCGAAGAAUCUCAGAAAUAUAAAAAAGGGAAAUAUAUUUUAGAAAAAGCUUUACUGUCGUUUUUGGUUAUAGACCAACGAGGGAAAGAGCAUGAAUUUGAGCUUAAAUCAUCUGAUUGUGAUUUUUGA